GUCUAUAUGUACUCAGAGCUUUGAUCUUGUUGAAUCAGGGUGUAUCAAUCAAAAACUUGGAAGCUGGUCCUGAUGGAUGUGUAGCUGCUCUUAAAUUUGAAGAUGGAUCUACCAUAUAAGCAGACACAGCAACCUUUUGUUUCAAUUAUAACACUGUUUUUCAUUUCCUUGCAAGAUGGAAGCCAGAGAAUUGAUGAGUGGGAAAAUCCAUCCUCUCCCCUUAUAUCUCCCUUUUGUCAAGAUAGUUGUUGGCGUUGGAGCAAAACCAGCUGUUAGUCCAUUUAAACACAUGGGAUUAAAUAUUACUGUCGGCAGUAUACAGCUUUGCACUAUUUUACCUGGAAUUUUUUGUAAUUGGAGAUGUAGCAGCAUUUCUGUUGAAGAUGAUUUGUUCAUCUCCACUCAUGAUAGUGCUACUUCCCUAUCUGCUAUUGAUGAGGUUUUGAAGGCUUUUUAUGCUCAUUCUGGUCUGAAAGUCAAUUACAGCAAAUCUGAAAUCUUUUGUUGUGGCUUAUCUGAUUCUGCUAUUGCUUCUUUGAGUGGUGUGUAUGGGUUUAAGGUUGGAAUACUGCCAGUAAAAUAUCUGGGCUUCCCCCUGGUCACUGGGAAGCUCUCUGAGAAGGAGCUUAGGCCAUUAAUGGCUAAAAUUACUGACAAAAUGUCUUCUUGGACUGCCAAACAUCCCUCUUUUGCAGGUCGAGUACAACUAAUAUCCUCUGUCAUCCAGGGAAUUACAAAUUUCUGGUCCUCCAUUUUCAUCCAUCCAAAGAAGGUUAUCAGAGAAGUUGAACAAAAAUGCAAUGCUUUUCUCUGGAAUAACACUACUGAUACAGCUAGAGGGGCUAAAGUGAAGUGGGAAUCUUUAUGUUUUCCUAAACAAGAAGGUGGUCUAGGUAUUAAAGGGCUUGAACUAUGGAACAUUUCUUGCAUAAUGAGAUACAUCUGGAUGAUAUUUUCUCAAGCAGGCUCUAUAUGGGUAGCUUGGGUGCAUGAGUACCUAUUGAAAAAUUGCAGUUUUUGGACAGUUUGACUUCCUACAGAUGCUUCAUGGGGCUGGAGAAAAAUCCUUAAGGUUCAACAAAAGGCCAAAAAUCUUGUCAAGCAUAUUCCAGGGGAUGGGAAGGACAUUUUCAUUUGGCAUGAUGCUUGGCAUCCAGCUAUUCCUUGUUAGGAAAAACUAGCUGUGGUAGUGUGAGUUAAUUAUUGGAACUGGCCUCCAGCCUGCUCUCCGCAGUUAGUUCAGAUUCAAGUUGAUCUAUGUGGCAAGCUAUAUCCCCAAGAGGGAAUUAAAGAUAUUGUUGUAUGGGUACCCUCAGCCUCUGGAAGAUUUCAUACAGGGCAGACAUGGCAUUGGCUAAGACAAAAGCAGAAUAGGGUUCCUUGGUUCGAGCUAAUAUGGUUCUCAGACUCUAUUUCCAAACAUAGCUUAACCGCGUGGCUGGCCAUUUUGAAUAGGCUUACUACUAAAGCAAGACAGAAAAAAUGGACAUCAAGCAUCAAUGAUAUCCGCACUUUAUGUGGUUCAAACGUCAGAAACAUGUAAACACAUAUUUUUUAAGUGCAGUUUUUCAGCUCAGCUCAGAUUUGGCAGCCUUUAUCAUCCACAGCUGGCGUUCCUUUUCAUGAUUCAUAUCUCACUUUAUUGGCUUGGAUGGGGAAAAGGAUUAGGAGGAAAUCUUUGCAAGUGACCCUUAUAAAACUUGCAUGGAAUGUUGUUGUAUAUCAUGUUUGGAUGAAGAGAAAUAGAAGGAUUCAUAAGCAAACUUUCAAACCAAUUCAACUCAUUAUUGCUGAAAUUAGAAGGAUGUUCUUGAUAAGAUUUUGGGCGUUGCUAAGCCCCAUUCUUCUCCCUUGUCCCCUGGCAUAGCUAUUUGGUGGGGGCUUGAAAAUUUUGUACAAUGAAGUUUCUUCUGAGGAUUAGGAGUUAUUUCCUUUUGGUGUAACGGCUGUUGCUUUUUCUUCUUCUUCUUCUUCUUCUUCUUCUUCUUCUUCUUCUUCUUCUUUGAACUGGGCAAACUUGGUGAG